AGUCGUGUGUCGCAUGUGGUGUAGAAAACCGUACUACAGUUUUAUUACUUUUUCACGAAGUUUUUAGUAUAUUUUGUAUAUUUUUCAACCAUUUAUAAAGCAGGAGAGGAUCUUCAACAAUGGUAGACCAGCCUGGUGCUGGUGGCUCUCGUUCGUACAAAAUCCGCGGGUACACACGAGAGCGACAAUCUGCGAAACCGUACGCUCGUCCACCUGGGAGAAGGAAGGUACGUGAUCCGAACUUUGGUUAACACCGUUUCAAAUUUUUUCUUGAAAGAGGAAGAAAAAGUGUUAUUUUGUUCUCGAAAAAGUAUUUUAUUGUUUUUACUUCGUGUAAGCAUACUAGACGUCAGAUUAACUCGUUCAUUUUGUCUUCUGCAGGGUGUUAUUGAAACAGUGAAGGAUUUCUUCUCUCCGGCAUGGUUAGUUGAUUUAUUUAAAGGAAAUCAGAGAUCACAGCCCGUCGAAAUCGACUUUGAUCAACAAGAUGAGCAUAAUGAGGUUUCACAGACCAUCGAUGAAAGCUAUACUUCAAACUCUAACCUGCGAUCCUCAAGAAAACGGGCAGAGGUUUCUACCGCAACUACAGUCGGUAACGGCCAGUUGGGAUCGUUAGGACCGGGAUAUUUCUCCUCUAUCCUUCGAGAACGGGGACUCUCUGGCGAAACUCCUUCUACUUCAAGACCUUCGCGUACGUUUGGUUUAUCUAGUGGAAAUGAUCGUUAUGGAGAAGCUUCUACCAGUUCGGUUAGAUCGGAAGAAUCUGAGAGCGACGUUCCCAGCUCGAGACGAGCAAGCGAGAGCGUGCGACCAGAAACCGCCGAGGUAGGUUUUUACACCGAACAUAGAUUUCGUGACUUGCUACUUAGUUGAAAAUAAUGUUCCUAAUCAUAUUUUUAAACAUAUUCUUGUAGAAGAUGGUGAAAAGUCUUGAAGGUUUUUCAUUUACAGGUGAACUGCCUCCAGCUACAGUGCAUUUGUGUAAAAUUAAAAGGCCAAGGCUAAUGAUAUUGGGGAAUAGUAAUUUCAUCAAAUUUACUAUCUAGUUAACUGGAAAGUUCUUUUGCUUGUAGUGUAUUAUUAUGUAACUUCGGGUAUGCUAUCCUUUUUGGUGCUUGCCUGCCUUCUUUACUCCCUCUUUUUUUUCCUUAGCAGUGAGGUUUUUCCCUCGUCGUGGGUUCACUUAACCUUCUUGAAUAUUGUCCAAUUUCCUGUACGUAUGUAGCUUUCUAAUGCCUCUGUCUAUACCUUGGUCUGUAAGAAUUCAUGAAUGGAUAGAUGUGUGAUGGUAUGCAUGUAAUGUCCCUGGAAAUGAUGUGUCAUGAAAAAUUGGCAUUCAGCUUAAGAUGAAAUUUAGAAAAUUGCUUGCCCCUUUAGCAAGCUGUUGCUUCAGUUUAGUAGCCCAUACUAUAGCUGUCAAUAGCUGUCAUAAGCAGCCAGCUACUGCGGUAAAAUCAGCUGGGCUCUCUAAGUUUGAACACGAGUCGAACAUAAUAAGUAUAAGCAGAUUCUGUGAUAAGUGACCUACUACUUUCCCUGAGAGACUAGCUACUACAACAAUCAUGGCAGUCCUGGCAAGCAGUUUGGCAGGCCUACCAAACCUAACUGACAUUUUUAUUUUGCAACCAAAAUGUUGCUUGCCCAUUGAACAACUCGGAAGCAAGCUAGCCUGAUGGGCUGCUACACUAGCCCUUGGCUAUUAGAUGAUGCUUUUGUGACCAUCCCCCCUCUUUUGUUGUCUUAGGAAGUGUAAAAGCUGAAGAUCGCUCUUCCUCUUGUUAUAAUUAAUGUCAAAAUUAUGGCCCAUUAGUGAUAAAACAACUUAUUUAAACAAUCAGUCUCAAGUGGGUAAUCAGCGUGCAAAGAAAGUAGUGUCUGAUAGCCUGGAGCUGGUGGAUUUUGCUAUCAGGCUAGUGAAUUCUGUUUUUAACUUGCCCAAUGGGCAAGUCAUGUUUUGUGAGGAAUUCGAAUGACAGAAGAACUCUGCAAUCAAUUCUGCCCGUCAAAAAGCUUUUGGGGUUAGUUGAAAUGACAUCUGGGCUAGUAAAUGCUAGCUUCAACUUGCCCGAAUAGCGAGCUGUAAAAAUGAUUUUCUUUGCACCCUGCUAGUGUACAGCUGCAAAAUGAUUCUGUAUCAACAAGCAUUAUCAGAAGGACACUACUAAUCUACAUUAAAUUACUGUAGCUCAAUAAUAUUAUUGUACAGCUGCAAAAGGCACCUGACAGCUGAAGUACAUGUGGCUAAGAGAUCAGUUGUGUAUCAAAACUGUGGAAAUUAACCAUAGCAUGGUAAUAUUAACCAAAACUCAGCAACAUCAACAAUGAUUUUGAAUUUUGCUCAAAAUCUUUUGGCAAUCUAUUUCUGCCUGGACCUUUUGGUAGUAAAAUUUCUUGGUGACAACAAUAGGGAGUUUUUGCAACAGCGACAACGAACAGUCAAAAAAAAUAAUACAUUUAGAAUGCCAAAAAAACAACUUUGCACGUGCAUCACCCUUUUUUGUACAUUUCUUAGCCGUUGUUGCACAACUGCGACAUGAAACUUCCUAAUUUCACUCGCCUGCUUUAUGGAGUAGGUGAGCACAACACAAGAAGUGUCUUUUUCUAAACUCAGUUAUGGUCCUUUCAGAUUUUUCCCAGAAAAUUUCGCCAACAUUUGUCAAUUUGAAUGAAAUUAAACAAGAUCAACGAAGUUUGAAACAGUGCGAAUCCACUUUUUAAGUGACUUUUUGGUUUGUUGUCAUUCAGAAAUUUUGCUACCAUGGCAACGAUUUCUCUCUAUUUACUUUGAUCUAGCGAGGAAUUCGAGUUGUCCAAAUUUAAGUUAACCGAGUAAAAAUGACUGAAAAGUAUGGUCAAAUCCAAGAGAAAUGGCACUUAAUGUUUGUGGAGAGUUUGAUGUAUUGGGGUUCCACUGAAUUCAUGUAAUAUAAAGGAGUUUUAAAAUUAAUGGACUUUUAAGGGCCUUUUUGUGAAUUUCAAACAGUGGAUAAUCAGGUUGCAUGGUGUCUCACUUGUGACAAAAAAACUAGCUUAAUAAGAUUUUUUUCACAUUAUGCAGGAGCAAGAGGAUGACUUAUCAAUAACCCAUGAAGUCAGACAGGUAGCAAGCUCAUCAGAGUCAAUUAUAACGUCUACUCCUGCCUUAUUUUUAAACCCUGGAAGCAAACGACGAGCAAAUACUUCAAUAUUUGGUGAACCAUUACCUACUGUGGAAGCUUCAUCAUCAGGGAGUGCAAACCAAGCUAGACCACAGCUGUUUCCUCCAUCUUCUGAAUACCGUCCAGGCCCACAGCCUUUCUCCUUACCUAAGAACAGGCCAUCUUUUUCUGUUUCUGCAUUUGGUUCCACUAUAAAGGUAAGCACUUUGUGAGUCCUGUACUAUUAGGGAGCUUAAGCAACUGUGACAACAAGGACAAUGACAAUGUCGAAAAAUAAAUUGGUUUAAUGAGCAGAGCAACACCACUGCAGGUGCAUCAUGCUUUUUAGUACAUUUCUGUGAUGUCCACUACAUGACUAUGACGUAAAACCUUCUAUUGCGACAUUUUAUGAAGAAUGUGAACACGCAAAGAAGACUUUUCCUUUUCUUUCUGAACGUGUAUAAAAUCGUUAGGAAUUCAACUGCGGGAAAAAUCACCCACAUAUGAUAAAUUGAGCAGGUCUGAAUCGACAUGAUAAAGUUUGAGAUGAUGCAAGUUUUUUUUUUAGCGACAUGUUCACUGCCAUUGUCGUCAUUGCUUAAGCGACCUACUGUCUUCUGUAGUUGUGUAAAAGUGCAUUUUUAUUCAAUGAUAUGCAUUAUUUUUACAUUAUUUUUAUCUGAUGACAGCCCAAACCACCCCAACCUGGUGAGUUUUCCUCUCCAUUUUACCGUGGAAGGACAUCUUUUGGUGGAGCCUCAUCCCUCCAUUCUGCAGGAUAUAAGCGAAUGAGAACAAAUUCUCCAACACUAGGAGAGGUGAGUGUAAUUAGCACAUCACAGUGGAACCUCUGUUGUACAGACUUAGCAAGACUGUGGUCAAUAGUUUAGAUAAUCAAGUCUGGAUAUUAUUCACAUCUUUCUCUUUGUUGCUCUCAUCGUAUUUGCAACAUAAGGUUGUCCAGCCAAAAAAAAAAUUAUGACAGCUGUGAAGCCAGGAAUGUACAAUUCAUGCCAGCAUUACUUUCGGUCUUCAAAACACGUGAAGAUCCUUUCCAAACAAACAAACAAUGAAAUAAACACCUAUGUUUAGAGGGGAUAACACUGGCCCUCCGGGGAUGUAUCUAAGGAAAAGCUAAGCAGGCUUUUUUCUUCGUCAAGCUGGCUUUCUCACACAAAACUGGGAGCCAUGCCAAGCCGACCAUGCAGCCCGACCUUUAUUAUAUCUACACCACAAAUCAUUAGCAAAUAACAGCACAAAAAGAGAGCUAACAAAACAACUGAAACUGAGCCUAGAUACAAGAUUAGCAUACAACAAUAACCAGAACUAAGGCACUACAUGAAAUCCUACAACAACCCAAAAAACGCAUGGAGGGUGGGUGGGUGGGGCGGGGCAGGUCAGUGGCAGAAGGCAACAAAGACAAGUGAACUCUGAAAAACCAUGUGACCUGAAGACCCCCUGCACACUCAAACCCAUACUCCUAGCCGUGUUUGAGAAAAAAGUUUUCUGUUUCUUUCGUCCUCAGCCAGUGGAAAACCAUACUUUUUACUCAACUGCACCUUUGAAAUUACCCCAUGUUUUUGUUUUCCAGAGCCAUUUGAGCCAGUGGUAAGGUCUUUUUCAGCUGGUGAAAUUAGCUGGCAGCCAGCUGUUAGGGACAUGCCUGGUUCUCUAAGCCUCCCCAUUUAUUUUGAGACACUUUCCAGAUCAAAUUGGAAAUUUUAUUUGGUUUUUUAGGAGAGGGUAAAACCCUCAUAGUCAGAGAAAAAACUCCCAGAGUAGAGAAGAGAACCAGUAAUAAUAAUAAUUCCUUUAUUUACCCUUGGCAGUAUUUAUAGCACUAUUGCUGGUGGGGCCAAGCAAAUGCCUGAAACAAAUCAUUCAAAUCAAACUUAAAAGGAUUAAUUAAAAAUCCCAACUGGCUGGAGGCAAACCAGCUGGCUAUUUACAAGUAUGGUUGAGGAUUUGAACUCGGACUACUGUGGACAAAUCCAUUUAGAGGUCAGGAUGGAACUUGAACUCAGGGCCUCUGAAUUGCAAGUUCAGGCCUCUAACCACUCCGCCAUGCUGCCUCCUCUAAACUCAACUCACAUAAAUCAUUAGCAUUAUACAUUUUUGUUUUGUUUUCUAUCUUCUCUAGGCUGCACAACCAGUGCGGAAAGUAAUAACUCCAAAGCCUAUUUCAAGUUAGUAGUUAUUUUUUGCUGUAGCCCUUUACAUUUUGUUUUACACGUGUCAGUAUUUUGUCUCCAUUGCUUACACUGUAUGCAACAAAAAUUUUGUUGUGUGGACAAGCUAAACCCUGACAAAGAUAAUUGUAUGAAUGGUCUCUAUAAGCCCCCUCAUUGACGGCAUUAAUUUUGUAUUGGUUUCUUGUCCCUGAAAUAUAAUGUACAGGUGUAUGCAGUACUUUGUAGUUCUUUGUGAAUGUGGCAGCAUCUUUAAAUAAAGAUUAGUUUACUGUAAUGGCAUCUGUUUCUGUUGGCUGAUAUUUCAUUGUUUCUUCAUAAAUAUAUCAGCUGGAAGUAGUGGUGUGACCAGCCAAACUGCAAAGAGGAUUCUUGAAGCUUUAGAAAACAUGUCCUCACCUUUAAUUGUAAGUAUUUUUUAAAUACAUUUUCAUUGCAAGGCUGUUCUGAGACAUUUUAAGGUGGAGGAAUCAGUGCUCGAGACUAAUGCUAGUCCACAGCCUAGCACAAGUGAAACAUCAUGCUACGCUAGUAAAAAUGCACUCCUCCUUGCCCUUAGACCAGUUAGUUUAGUGGACAAAAUAAGUUUUCUACAACUCUAAACCUUGGGAAGUUUGUUUUUUUCUCUAAAAACUUCAUCAGUAGUUACUUUCUGUACGAAGAGAAAAAGAACUGCGAUAAACGAACAGUCAGAAGUUUUCAACUAAGUUGGGAGAAAACUUAUCCUUGGCUGUGAUUCAUCAAAGAAGAAAAUGUUCUGUUUUCAGGAGUGGGUGUUGGUCUCAAACAGCAGUGCCAAGAGAUUGGCAAAUCCAAACUCUGCUUAUGUCCAGGGACAGGCAAUUUCUGUUGAGACUCAAUUUAAAAAGGCAUGAAAGUUCUGUUACCCCACAUAUUUAUUUUUUUCUGGGCUUCUUUUUGGACCAGUGGCUUUUCCUCAUGGGCUAAUGAGUUAUUUCACUUACUAGCCUAUUGCCUUUUGUCCAAAAAAGUUAGUGUUGAGCACUGGGAAUUUGGAGUGCUUGUUAUGGCUUAAAAACAACUUUGAUGUUACUCUUAGAAAUGUUGCUUUCAAUUUCCUGUGCCAUUGAGUGUGAAUAGCUGUGUUGUGUGUAUUUUUGAAGCCUUUUUUUGGCAAUCCUCACCAAAAUUCUGAGCCUCCAUUUUCAGAAUUUGUUCGAAAAAAUACAAAAAGUCCUGUUCUGUUUGUUUGUUUAUUGGGAACAAGUAGAUUUUCCUGUUAGACAAGAAAUGUUUUGUGCACUUUAGGCCCAUAACUUAAAAAAGAAUGAACCAGCCCUGGAAAAGCAAAUUUUGGACUCUGCUUGUCCUAAGGACAACUGACAUUCAGGGUUUCUUUCAUACCUGAGGUAAUGAGAUUCAUUGUUUAGAGUAAAUUCUUCACUUAACUUUAACAGGAUGCUAGGAAAAUUCCAACACCACCUGUGUCUCCUUCAGCUUCUCCGCUGUCCUUUUCGGUGAGUAAAAACUUCUUACUAUAUGUUUCAGUUCUGAAUACAGUCGAACGUCCAUGUGCAAACAAAAUUGAUCUCUUAACCCAUUCGCUCCUGGAGAUUUUGCCGAAAAACGCGUUUUGAAGCUAGUCGAGUGGUUUUCUGGUCACUGUCGUGCUAUAAAGAGCUAAAACUUACCACAAACCGGUUUACAGGUCGUACACUUGGCGGCCUUCUGAUCCAGAUGCAAAAUAUCAGCUUGCGAAGUUCGGGCAUGCGCAGAAAGCAAAAUUUCGACAUAGUUUUUGGGUUUAAAAGUGACACAGCAGUCUUGACUUUUACUUUUCGCUUUCUCUCCUCCCUUCUUUUUUCGCUUUUCUUGCCUCAUUUUUUUUUUCUCUUUCUGGGCAUUUAGUAGGCUUCAUUUUGGUGGGAAGAGUUUUUAGGAAAGCUUUUAGGAUCUUAGGAUUAGGUGAAAGGAAAGGUAGGUGGGUAAUGGAACAAGAUUUUCGUGGAGAUUUUCAGGUCCUUGUCACGUGGUUUUUUGCUUCUUUCUCCAGUGUCCUUGACUGAAUUGUGCUCAUUCUGGUAUGGUUUGAAAGAUCUCUUCACUCUGCACACGUGUGCGAAGAAAGUUGUCCUUGACCGUUAAAACUGAUGACGUCACAAAGGGUAGAAAGGACCUGGAUCCGCACGGGCGGUUACGGGCGGUUCAGGGGCGAAUGGGUUAAGCAACCACUGAUUCAAACCUCCAACAUUCUCCCAGUCAAAAUUUAUUCCAACAGUUGGACCCUCUUGUCCUAAAGUGAUCACGACCAUUUUUCAGGGUGAUUUUUAUAAUCUUUCAUCAUUUUAAACCUCUUGUAGCAAAGGCUUGGCACAUGGUGUGAUCUUUAUGUUUGCUGAAUGUACUAUGAUGCUCGGAGUGUGCAAAGAACUUUUAGUGAGAACAUGGAAUGACACAUAUUCUAACUUGCAUACAAUGAAUUCUUGUUCAAAAAGUGGAUGUGUUCAUAACUCUUCUCUGAAGAAACCCCUCUUUUGAGGUUCUUUUCUUGCAAGUGAGUGGUCGCUUGCAGGAGGUUCCAGUGUAUUAAUCUGUUGCAUGUUUUCGAUAUAUCACUGCUAGGUCAUAAUUGUUUCACUCUUUAAUCAAAUGCUCCUUGAAAACUUAAUUGAUUCCUGUAUAUACCAAGCUGUCUCCUGCCACACCUUUAUUCAUAUAUCUUAACCAUAAUAAUUGCUUCCCUUUAUUGUUUACAGCCUGCCAGAAGAAAAAGGCCACCUAUACCAUCUCGAGCUGUAGGAUCUCCUCGUUCCUUGAAGGUACAUAUUGGUUAUCUGUAACAUAAUACAAAUAAUUGUACUUAUAUAUAAUAAUGUUAACGUUCCUUUUGUUCACUCAAACCUCCUCUUCUCAUGCAAUCUACUUUGUUUUUUGUUCUGUCAGGCUCAUUUUCCUGGUCCUCCUGUGCAAGAUCUUUCUGCCCCUCAACGAGCCUCUAUCUCCAAGUUAACUGCCAAAGAAACUGUAUCUCCUGAGAGUACCGCAGUUUCAUCCGCUGCUCUGUAAGUAGCCUAGUUCACCAAUGUAUCACCAAUGUAUUGAUGUCUCAUACCUUUUCACUCCUUCAUGCGAUUUCUGUGGCUAUUGUUUAACAACACAUAUUUUUCGUAUUCUUCGUUGUGCUUUACAAAAGAACGUCUUUUACCUGUCUGGUCACAUAAAGGCCCAAGUAUUUUCAAUUUGGGACUCAUUGUUUUUUGAACUCAAUGGUUCUGGACUGGGACUUUGGACUUUUUGUCCAUUUUUGCAUUUGGCCAUCACUGGGAUUGAAAGGAGUAAAAAAUCCUUAAAAAAUUGAUGAGGUAAAUGGCCAGGCUCCAGUUGUUCAAACGUUGGAUAGCGCUAUCCACCGGAUAAAUCACUAUCCAGCGGUUAAGUGUUAGGGAAACCAGUUGUGCUAUCCAGUGGAUAGAGAUUUAUCCAGUGGAUAGCAUUAUGCAGCUUUUGAACAACUGGGGCCAUAAGGUUACAUUUAGUUUUUAUUCCAAUUGUUCAGAUUCAUUUUUACUAGUCCAUAUGACAGAAAAAGAGUAGGAGGUGAAAUAUUAACUGUAAGAUUUGCUUGUUUGGCAUUGCAUUGACUGGUAAAUGGUUUGGUCUAGAGCAGUAAAUGGUUGCAGUGUGAAAAUAUUGUAAACUGUGUUUUUUUUUGUAAACAUAUUUACAAGAGAUUGUCUCAUUGUCAGUGUUUUUAUUUGGGAACAUAAGAAAAUUCUGUGUUGCCAACAGGAAUAAAACCCUUCCAGUUGGGAACUUGAAAAUUUCAUGUCUUUCCAAGUAAGAUGAUAUGUGCUGUUCCUUGUCACAAACGUUCCUUUUGUACUUCUGCCCACUGGUUACCCAAAAAAUCAUAUUUCAGGUAAUUUUUGAUAAUUGGCUCAUGUAAAAAGCUCCUUACUGAGGAGCUUUAAAGACACACUUGGGCAAUACACCCAGAAUGAUGUCCUGUCUUUGCGUGAAUUUGUGGCUUUUAUUAAUUCGUGGAAAAUGUGUUUUUCCCCUCAGAUUUUCUACAGCUACAACAACCAUCCCAACAUUUUCAAAGGUAUCAAAAGUUUUAGUUAGUGCUGAUGUGUUUUUUGUGUCUGCAGUUUUGUUAGCUGCAUGCUCUUUCAAGUGGCAAUAUGUACUUUCAUUUAUCUGAGAUUCUUAGCAGAAUAAACGUCUUUAGCUUGUAUGUUUUGUUUUCCCAAUAGAGGUCCCAAGGGAACUUGCUCCAUUACUCUGAAAGCUAAAAGUCCAAAACAUCUUACAUUAAAGAGAUCAUGCAUCACUUGAAAUUAAUGCAAACAGAAUGUCUCAGUCAAGAUUACCAUAAAGUAAUGCCAAUGAAUCCAAUAUUGAUAGAAUGUGAAAACAUUUUUGUUCAUGAGUAAACCCAAAGGCAAUUAUUGUACUGGUAGGGUUUGUGUGGGUCAUGGUAAACCUGGAAAGCCUUGAAAUUUAAUUUAUUGUUGGUUCAGAAAGUCAUGGAGAAUUAAAUGUAGGUUUGAUAGAUUACACAUGUAGUCAUUGCAGUUUUCAAAUCAAAGACUUUGUGAGAUAGAGAAAGUAAUAAAAGUUUUGUGUCUGUUGAAUUGGGUAAGGUAAAAAAAAAUGCCCUUAAACAAAUAAAGUUUUGAAAUUUUUGAAUAUGAUAAAUGUAGUUAAACCUAAGUUCAAGGAAAACUUGAAGAGAUCAUGGAAAAAGUCAUAGAACAAUGUGGAAUUUGAAGAACUUAGAAGAGUGUGACCCUGAGUGGUUGGGAGAUAUAGUCACUUGUUGUCUCUUUCAAUAGAUUGCAAAAAACAUACCGUAAAAUUCCGAAAAUAAGCCCGUCCAUGUAUAAGCCCCUCCAAAUAUAAGCCCCCUAAACUCGUAAUGCAAAAAACCCUCUGUUAAAUCGCUCCUCCAAAUAUAAGCCCCCCAGGGGCUUGUACUUGGAAAUUGCCCUCAAAUACAAAGUAAAACAAAGCAAAAACUGUAAAUUUCCUUCCAACUAUAAGGCCAGCCCAAUCGAUUUUGAAAUGCAAAUUUCUCUCCAUAGAUAAGCCCCUCAAAAAGGGCCUUUGAAAAAUAUAGUCCCGGGGCUUACUUUCAGAAUUUUACAGUAUUGCUUAAUCUCUGUCUAUAUACCAUCAACAGUACCUAUUUCUUUGCUAAUAUUAAUCUGUCUUGUUUCAGCCAUCAGUGCCAUCCUUUACAUCCACUCCUCUUCCAAUAUCUCUGUCACCUUCAUCCUCCAAUUCAAAGGGUGGAGGGAAAGUAAAAAGUGCAAGAAGUACAAGCCAUUAUACCCAGAGAGAUAGAGGUGAUGAUAGAGGUGAAUCAGAGGUAUGUGAAAACUUUUAUUUUCCUUUGUGCAGGGCUGUCAUUAAGAGGCAGGGUCCAGGGAUUUCCCCCAUUUACUAUGAACUUGGCCCCCGGCUACUUUCGUAGAAAAAUAGAAGAAAAAUAUAACCAAAAGAAACCCCUAACUGUCUGACUCCCGCCUAUUUUCUAUAUUUACCCACCAACUUAAAAUCUUAGUGACAGCCCUGCUUUGUGGUGUGGUCUAUAUUUUGUUUAAAAAAUGUAUUCUGGUAUCAAAAGCUCUCAGAUUUUUUAGUAUUGUAGCUUUCAGUUGUAUUGCUCAGUCUUCAUCAGUGGUGAAUGCUCAGUGUUGUAAUGUAAAUUAUUAGUCAUUGACAACGAAUGAUUAAAAAUCAUGAGAAGUUCAUAGCUCUAUUUAGGGUUAGGCUGCAGUACUAAAAAAUCUGAAACCUUUUGAGACUAGAAUUUAUUUUUCAGAUUUCAAUUCCAAGGUCAAGAAUAAGCAUUCAUGGAAUUAUUAUUUUGUUUGUUUUAGAUAUCUAAUGAAGUUGAAAUUUAGAAUCAUUAAUGUUUUAACCUCCAACAAGGGUAGAAAUUUUUAUGUUUGAAAAGUGUAUGUGCUCCACAUUUACAUAACAAUUAUCGUUCAACAAUGUGAAAUUACCACUGCACAAAAGGGACUGCAGGGUUGUCAUUAAGAGCCGGGGGCCGGGGAUUUUCCCCGGCUACUAAGAGAGUGGCCCCCAGCUACUUUUAUAGGAAAAUAGAAGAAAAAUAGAACCACAAGAAAUGCCUAGCCGUUUGAUUCCCCACUUACUUGUUGUAUUUACCCGGCAACUUGAAAUCUUAGUGACAACCCUGGACUGUGUCGCGGCCGUCUUGCUUGUUUUGUUAUUAUUGCCAAUUACACUGUCUUAUGCGCUGUGGAACUUAGUGUUAGGGAACAAAUUACCUGUAAAUGACAAAAUGACAGCUUCUUGUCCAACAAAUAUACCUCCCUCCCAAGCAGUAUAUCAAGAAUUACAAUGAACAGAAAUGAACUUUGAAAAACUAUUAGGCUAACAAGAUUUCAAAAAUGUACGAUUGCGAUCUGUUUUAAUCUUCUUCAGGUUUGUCCAUCCAUGCCUUCUUUUCUAUUUUCUGUGCUAUUUACACAUGUGCCUUCUUUUGAUGUUUUGUAAUUGAGCGGUUAUUUCUAUGUUUGACUCAAUUUGGUGACAGUUCCUGCUGUUAAAAUUUUGAUAAAGGUUGUGACACUGCUCUAUUGAUGCUGUGGUGGCAAAAAUGUGCUACUUACUCUCUCUUCCCAGUUCAUAAUAACUAUGACCAUUUUCUGUUUUACAGGUUGUUAAUCCAAUACCUGAGGUGACAACUGCUGUUCCGCUUCCUUUACCAAAUGGAAAAUCCCUUCCUUCAUUCUCAUUUUCACCCACCUCCCAGACUGGGAAAACAAAUUCACCAUCAACGGAAACAGUGAGUUUUUUUUUUUCUAAAUGAUUUUUUAUGCUACAUGUUUGACUGCAGUCCUAAAACAAGAGAGAAACCUUUUCCUGCUAUAUUCUGCCUUGUACAUAAAAAUUAAUGUGAAAAUAAUAAAUGCAGAAAAGAUCAUCGCAGUUAAUUAAUAUGCAACUUACACAGUUGUGAAAGGAAAACACCAGUAUUGCAGAGGUCAGGGUUUGGAUCCCAGCAAGCCUGAAUUUUUUAAGGCUUUCUUUUUGCAACUGCGUAACGAUAUCUGCAUUUACUUCUUCAUCCUGCAGUUCAAAUAUUUGAAAUUCAUGUAAAUUUAUUAUUCAGCUUUUUACAUUUAAUAUGGUUGACAGUCCCUGUGGCUUGAGAGUUUUGAUGUUGUUUCAGUUUCACCAAGGGCUGGUCAUCAUCCUCUGUUGUGUGGCUGACAUUAGGGAAAUUUCUUUCACUUUUUAAUCCUUUGAAGGGGCUCUAUCCCAAUAUUAAUUUUGUGAUCCAUAUUUUGCAACUUGUAAAACCAUCUUGAAACCGAAGGAAUCGUUUAAAUGUGAUAGUUUUGAAAAUUAAAAAAAAGAUGGAAGGUACACUGUAUCUAUGUGGAUUAGAAAAUUUAACUUAAUUUUCUCAAGGUGGGGAGACUUUGAUGUAUCAUUUCUAAUCCUUAACUAAACUAGCUUGGGAGUAAGAAGUGCUUAAAAUUCCUAGUUCUCAUCUUGAUCAUAUAAAAAUCUGUCAUUCUUGUUUCUUUCCUUUUUUAGUUGGUCCCAACAACCAAUGCCACGUCAACAGGAGAUUUUGCAAAGAAUAACUUCAAAUUCUCUGCACCUUCCACAAAAGUACCAGCCUUUUCACAAGAAUUAUCCACAAUCAAUCAAAGUAGCUCUAACAUGGUAAAGUACAGUAUAAUUACAGAAAACAAUAUUCUCCUAUAUAAGCACAUGUACCCUGCGCCGGGCUUGACGUUGCGACCCAUGGGGUCGCCAAUGCGACCAGCUUUUACUCAGUCGCGACCAAAUUUACGCGCCUGGUCGCCAACCUGGCCCCCAAGAUAGGUGACUUUCUUCUUUGGGAAAACGUACACUAAUGAUAAUCCGUUAUCCUUCACAAAACUAAAUCCAUUAAUUCUUGAAUAUAAUUUUUGGCGACCAGAAUACUUGUUCUGGUUACAAAAAAGGAAAACUUGGGUGCCAGCUGGCCCAAAGAUUUUUUUCUGAAAGUUGAGCUCUGCUGUGGCCCUUUUUCUUGAAAUUUCUGGUUUGAAAAUUCUGGAAACUCUUCGGGUCAAAUGUAUCAUCAUUUCAAUUUAUCCUUGGAGAGCGAGGGCCUACGAAUCCAAAAAGAAUAUGAGAGUUGUUUAGAACUUACUCUUACGAAUUGCAUUCCUUGCUUCUGCUUGACCAAAACAUAAUAAAACUUGCAAUAUUAUUUGUUAAAGAAAAACGUUUUGUUAAGUGACCAAAGCCAGAAAUUUGCCAACUUCUUGAAACUAAAAAAAAUGAGUUCCUGCAGAUCUGAAGGUCAUUCUCAAAGGUACUCUUAUUUCCUGGAAAAUUUUUAACCACAGAGUCUCAGAAACUUUGAGCUUUUUAAUAUUCCAGCAUUCUGGGUUCUAAUUGUGAGCAGGUCAUAAAAUGUUUUGGGAGUUAAUAGGGGUCACAUGAGACAGAUUUCCCAGGGAUGGCCUACAGAAUCAAGCCUUUAUGUGUGUUUAUACUUUUCAAUUGAUGCUUCACAAAUGUUGGAAAAAAUUUGUCCCACAACAUAUGGCAAAAACUUUAAAGUUCUUGUUGAACGUUAUUGUGGAGGUACAUUACAAAAAAAUUGUUCUUCCAAGAAUUUACUCCUUGUAAGAACGACUGGGUUUUUUGGAAUUAUCUGAUUUUGAUUCUUCUUUCUCUUAGAUUACAUUUGCCUUCAGUCAGCCCACUCCUGUCAAUGAAAUGUAAGUCGUUAAUAAUUUUUGCCAAAACAAUGUUGUCUGUCAUUGUGUUUUUGCCUGGUCUUUAACUUUUCAUGUCAUAAUACGGUCGCAAGAAAUGACUAAAGAGUGGUAGACUGCAAAAACAGCCAUCUCUCCUCGCUCCUCACCGCAAGGGACGUGGUGCCAGGAGGGACAUCUGUUCCUCAGCAACAGAAAUUCCAUACUGAUGACCUAAAUCAAUGUUUUCAUAAUUAAUCCAGUAGUCAUGGGGUUUCUAAUGAAAAGUUGAUCAAUUUUGUUUCUCCUGGACAAUAAUGGUGGUAAGUUUUGUGUUCUUCUGCAAACAAGCUUCAGCAAAAUGCAAAUACCUCUUCUACAGAAGAAUAUAUUCCACAUAUGUUGACUGUUUUGUAGUAGAUUCAUCGUGUUUACAUUUGACCUUUGAGGCCUUUUGUCUGUCAUUUGUAAACAGGAGCUAAAAAAUAUUACUACUAUGUCCACCAAUCAGAGCUCCUCUGGCCAGAUUCUGGACAGACUUUAUAUCACCAGUAUGAAAUUUCUGUAGCGGAGGCGCUUACAUCCGUCUUAGCAAUUUGUCCCCAGCGGCAAGGAGUGAGGGAGAUGGCUGUUUUUCCAGGCUUAAAGAAUGGCAGGGACCUAUUAGCACUAAUACGGUGCUGUUUGUACUAUUGAUUAAACCCCACCCUCAGUAAAAUGCAGCAGAUGGAAGUAAAAUUUCAAAUAAGUGUCCCACCCAGUCAGAAGAAUGCGGCUUUUAUUUGAGGAUUAUAUGAAAAAAACUUGGUAAAACUUGAUACUCUUCACCAUCUAGACAAUUACAAUUCCAUUUCAGCAAAAAAAGUAACACACUAUUUUAACAUCUUUCUGUUUUGCAUAAUAUUUACAAAUGAUUUAUCGAAAAUCCUAAUUUAUUGUUGUCAGUGAUUUAGGAAAUGUGAUUUUGAAAUAGAGUCCUCCCUCUAAUAAAUGCAACGCUUGAAUAAAGGCCGCAUCAGAAACACUAAAAAGCUAAUAAUUGCUGCUGCAUUUAAUCAAAUAAGUGUUGCUCUUCAUCAGAUUUUUCCAGGCACAUCUUCAAAUUCUUCUUCAUCAAUGGUUUUUCCUUACAGUUCAAAUUAAUUUUUGUGGUAAUACUGUUUCAGUGUUGAAGUCAAUGAUAAUCAACCAAUCAAGGAUGCACAAAGCGCCUGUGUAGUUUCAGAGGUAUGUCAGGUUAUGAUCAUCACCAUUCAGGGCUGUGCUCUAGCAGCACCCAGUGGCCCCUGGAUUUCACAGGCCCAGAGCACUGGGCUCCUUUCUAGUUUUUUUAGAGCACAGCCUUGCCUUUGAAGAGCCUUAGUGAUACAUUUUGCUAUGAUAGGAUGUGUACCUUGGUACACUGGCUAACAUCACAGGGGAGGGGAAUGUGCCUACAUGUAUCGGUAGGCAGAAAAAAAUUUGUGGAUUGGUACCCUUUUCGGAGGCUAAAAGCGAAAAUGAUAUAAAUGCGAUUUCCUCUCUCCCUUCUCAGGCCAUGAUAUGACACAUACCAUUAGCUUUAUAACAGGGCAGGAGCCCUUCUUUAUCGAAAUAACAAUGCCACAAUAUAAACAUUUUUGGCUUGUGGAAAAUAAAUAUUGUUGUGAUGUGUUAUGGCACUGAUGCAGCACUAGUCUUUUGCUGUUGCGGAUGUUGUUUGUAACAGCACCUUGACUCAUCAUGAUCAUCAUUCUUUGUUAUUCACUCUAUUCUGGUAGUACAGAAAAAAGAGGAAAUAUAGAUAACUACAGAGAACAAAUAAUAUAGCUGAUAUUCAACUAAAACAUGUACAAUUCUUAAAUCAGUGUGCAACAGUAACCAAGCUUUAGAGCUGGCUACCGCUUAUUGGCAAAGAAAGAUAUGCAAAUAAAGACUAUAAGCUCAUCCUGGCUAAUGGAUACAACUUUUUUACUUGACAGUUUAAACAGGCAGAAAAACCUCUGGAGCCAAAUAACAAUCUCUUCAAUAAAUUUGCCCCAUUACCCGGCUCAUGGGAAUGCGACACCUGCUUAGUGUCCAAUAAGGCAACAGACACAAAGUGUGUUGCAUGUCAGUCAUCCAAACCUUCUACUGGUAAACCAGCUCCUCCUAAGAAACCAGCACCGACAAAUAAUGACUUGAUGCAAAAAUUUGCCCCAGCGGCAGGGUCUUGGUCUUGUGAUUCUUGUAUGCUUAACAAUGAUGCAAGCAGAACAAAGUGUAUUGCUUGCGAGACUCCAAAACCUGGCGUCAAACCAGCAUUCACUCCAUCGAAAUCUGUUAAUGCAGACACUAAUUUAAUGAAAAAAUUCGCUCCUCCGGCUGACUCAUGGAGUUGUGGUACUUGUGUGCUUACGAAUAAAUCAACGGACAGUACUGGUGUGGCUUGCCAGUCACCCAAGCCAGGUACUAGUAGAACUGCAAAAGCAACUGCUGCACCAUCAUCGGGUGUUUCAACAAUCACUGUGCCUGACAGUAGUUUAGCAGCAAAGUUUGCUCCUCCUUCUGGAUCUUGGGAAUGUGACACUUGUAUGGUAAAUAAUAAAGGCGAGGAUACAACUUGUGCGGCUUGUCAAACACCAAAACCAGGCGCAAAGCCAACUGCAACCAUCACUUCUGGGGGAUUUUCAUUACCUGGUGGGAAGGCAUCUUCUUCUUCUUCACCAUUUCAAUUUGGCGUCAAUAAUUCAUCUGAUGCAAAUUCUGGUACAGGAUCUUCGAUCAAAUUUGGAGUAGACACGAAGUCUACGGGUGGACCAAGUUUUUCAACACCAUUCACAUUUGGAGCGGACAACAAAAGCACAAGUGAUUCAACUGCCUCUGUGACAUUUACUUUUGGUUCUAGUAGUGGAGAGCAGAACAAAAAACCUAACACUGAGCAGGAGGCAGAGAGUGCAGGGAAACUUCCUGCCACUUUUAGAUUUGGUGCAACUUCAGCUAACUCCAGUGAGCCAGGAGAGAACAAGACAACCGCUGCUCCAACUUUCACUUUUGGCUCAUCAAAUUUUAAUCAUGACAGCAAAGAUGGGACUGCAAAGGCACCAACGUUCACGUUUGGAGCAAGCAGCUCGUCUGACAAGGACAAAGCAACUUCCGGAAGUGUUAAAUUUGGGGAAUCUUCAGCACUUGACAAACAAGGUACUACGAUAACUGUUGUUGUGUUUGUUUGGUUUUUGCCCUGAAUUAUAUUGUGAUUUUGUAUGUUUGUUUUAGGCUUUAAAGAUUCCCUUUAUUUCAUUUUCUCAAAGAGCCUAGACCACAGCUUUUUAGCGUUUUAUAGUGCUUGUAAGCUGCAGCAGCAUCUGCCCUUUUUUAGUAAGCAGAGGUCUCCUGGAGGUUUAUUUUUCAGUGCAUUUGGACUUGGGGGGUGGGCGGAAAGGUGCUUAACAAAAGUUCUCUUUUUCUGUCACUCUCUUUAUUAAUGUGCUGAAAAGAUGUUUAGUAAGGCAAGCUAUUUCAAGCCCAUAAGCACGUACCUCCUCCAUUUUUUAAAGCUGAGUACCACUACGAAUUGUCCCUAGUUUUCUCUUAGGGAUAGUCGAGCGAGCGAAAUAUGUGAGCGCACGUGAAAAUUCGCCACGCGCGAGAAGAGGCGAAACGGGUAGGAAAGUGACAAAACUUUCUCUAUUCCUUCCGUGUGUCACCUUCGCCGAGGGUGACCAUUUCCACGCCCUUUCGUGUAUUUGUUUCACUUGGCUGUCCCUUCAAGGAAAGGUGAGCAGGGAGCACGAACUAGCAAGUACUGGGUGGGGAUGGUGGGAAUGAGCCCAGAGAAAAUAUCCCCAAAGUAGAUGAUAGCAAGCGACUGGGGACUUAGCAAAAUGAGCACAAUAUAACCCUUUAAGUCACAUGAGUUACCAUCAUCAAGAGAAAAGGUUGUGAGAAUUGAUAACACGAUCACUAAAGGGAAAAUGCGUUGAUUUUGAUCUUUAAUCAAUUCCUUUCAACUAGUUCUUUAACAGUUACGACAUCAUUCAGUAUGCCAGACUGUCUUGUCUGUUUGAUUCAAGUAUCUCACCAUUUAAAUGAAUUGCAAAUUAACCCGAAAAGAAAUUUCGGGAUUGGACCCCAUGGCCUCUGCGUUAGCGCUGCAGUGCUCUAACCUGAGCUAUGAAGACCCAUACAUUGGGAGCAGACCAAUUUGUUGAGUUCAUCUUAACCCGUGAAAGGAUUAAAAUACAGAAUGAUGGUGUGAAUUGCGGAAAUGAUUUAAAAUAUGAAGAUAUGAUAUCUUCAUUUAAAUUAUUUCCGCAGUUCACGUCAUCAUUCUCUAUCUCACCAUUGGUAUUACCAUCAAUCAAUAUCGGAGGUGGGGUCUAUAGGCUGGGAUCUUAUGUGAUCCGAGUAGUCUUGGUUUCUCGGACUGGGAGUGUUGUAAAUGGGUUAAGUUGAAGCAACCAAAACUCCCUCAUUUAUAAAAAUUACACUUUGACUGAAGCUGCUUUUGCUUUCUAGUUUAAUCCCAAUCAAAUUUUUUCCGCGUAAUGAAAUCUACUUCCGUUCUACACUAAUCGGUGACACGCCUCGAAUUUAUUCAAGAACAGUUUGUUACCCUGAAGGAGACUAGAUUUUGUAUCCUAAUUUCUCCUUCACAGAUAAACCAAACUCAAUAGCAGCAGCUGCAGCGAGUGGUUUUCUAAAGGUACCUGGGAUGAACGAACCAGCAAAAACCGCAGCUGAACAGACAUCCAGCAGCCAGUCAGGAGUAGGUUUGAGUAUUGCCGAUGCAGCUAAGUCAGGAUUCCUUAGAGUACCUGCAGUUGGAGAAAAGAAAGGUCAGAAAACUGUCACUUGUCUUAGCUUUGUUUAAAGGAGUAGUGUCACGAAAUUUAUCAGAAUUGAAAGAGUGGGGACCGUCGGCAAACUGAGUGAAACGUACAAAUAACUGCUCAAAACAUGAAAAGAAGUUAUAAAUAACACAGCAAAUAGAACAGGAAGAGCUGGUGGGCAAACUUGAGGAAGCCUUUGAUGCAAAGUGUAAGCACAAGCAACACAGUGCAUGCACAUGAACUAGUCAGUUCCUGUUGUGAAUUAAGCUGAAGUACGCUGUGGCGACUGCGAAUGUGUUGCUUUUGGUAAUGCUUGCUUCGUAACUUUGUAAAAGACUGAAGAAGGUAGAUAUGGUUCCAAAUAUUUCUGCCUUGCAGCUCAAGUCGGAAAAACGGAUUUGCAGUAAUCAAGCAAACAUCUUUGAUUAAAGUUUGUGUUGUAGUCUUACUUUAAACUUGAAACUCUUCUUCCUGCUAAGCACUUGAAGUACAGUAGUAUCUGGAAAAGUGGAUUUUCGCUUUGUACAGAAGUAGGAAAGACGAAGCAAACAUUCCGUUAAUAUAAAUUUAAAGAAAAAUCCCAGUGUUGUAUACACGCCGGCGUGCUUCUAAGUGCACACGCAUUGGUGUCUGGCGCCGUAGAUUAAUAGUACACAGCGUAUAGAAAUAUACCCGAGAGUACAUCGUUUAAAAAUUAAUAUUUUUGUUAUGUUUUUCAGAUGAGUUUUCCUCUCCUCCAGUUGUGAAUCUAUUUGCACCCGCUCAGAACAGCUCAGGAUCUACAACAGCUAAACCAGAGACAGGUUUGUUUACAAGGUUCUUAACCCUUUAAGCCCCGAUAUCUACAUACAAAUUCUCCAAACUGAUCUCCGUACAUUUCCUUAAAGAAUUAGUUAACAGAAUUUGUUCAAAGAUCAAAACAUUUUCGCUGAGGUGAUCAUUUUAUUGAUUCUCCUAACCUUUUCUUUUGAUAAUGUAUUGAUAUUGUGAGGAGAAAAUUGAUGUUGGUCACUCUUGGGGCUUAAAGGGUGAAGAAAGUCCAUAUUUGACCAUCUCAUUUAAAAUUUCGGCCUUAUCGCUAGCAGGCAACAGUAAAAACCCGCAUGUAUGAACCGCCUACAUAACCUAUCCAUCCUGCUUUCACCUUACCCCAGUUUCUGUGACAAGAAUCAGAUAACACUCAGUGAGUAGGAGAGUGUUUUAAUAACAUUUUGGUGUGGUAUUUUGUUUAACAGGGUCAGGAUUUACAUUUUCUAUGCCUCCAGCAGCUGCCGGUGGUGUUAAUUUUGGAUCGGCAUCAUCUACUUCUGGGUCAUUUGCUCAAGGCGGCCUUGAAGCAGCUGCUUCAUCCGGGACUACAUUUCAAUUCGGAGCAUCAUUAAGCUCAAAUCCGACUGUAACUUCUAAAGCAGACGCUACAGCAGCCCCUGCACCAUCUCCUUUUAGUUUUUCUGUUAAUACUUUAGCACCUGCAACGACCACAGCUGCUGCACCCUUUACUUUGAUGGCGAAUGCUGCGUCAACAACUACCGCACCAGCGCCGUUUAGUUUUAACACAAAUACUGCGACUACAGCAUCAAUCACCACUUCUGCCACUGCAGCCGGCACUUUUCAAUUUGCUCCAAGCGGUCAAGCUCCGUCAUUUCAAUUCGCUGCCGUUAACACGACAUCGGUGACUACCGCUGCUCAACCAGCACAACAGACAUUUAGCAUAACACCUACUCCAGCAAGUUCCAGUUCAGAAACAGUAAAACCGUUUUCAUUCAAUUCUGGCUCUACCUCCCAGGGAUUUUCUUUUGCCCCAUCCAACCCCCCAGCAACGUUUAAUUUUGGAGGAUCAAAACAAUCAGCUUUCGCAGGAUUCGGAGCAGCACAGUCAUCUUCAAAUCAGCAGGCAGCUAAGAACGAACCGGCUUUUGCCUUAUUUGGAGCUGCACAAUCGUCCUCAAAUCAAGAGGUAGCUAAACAAACGCCGACUUUCCCGGGAUUUGGCGGUCAACCUCAACAACCAUCAGCUUCGGUUAGUAUUUCUACAUUCCAAUGCGUAUUUGUUCAGUGUCAGCUUUUUGGGCUAUUCCUAUUGGUCAAGGAGGGGUGAGGGACUGUUUUCUUUGACUUCAGGCAGUAGGCCAAAUAGGUAGGCGUGGUUUCCCAGAAAGUUUUCCACGAUUUUAAAACAACUGCAUCGAUACGUUGAGGUUGGGUGCCUGGAGUAUCCAAGGUCUUUCACUUUUGGCAGACAGCCUCUUGAUAGAAUAACGCACCCAUGGCUGGUACAACGGCGCAACCCAGCCAUAAGCCCCCACAUAAAAGGAAAAAUGUCAAUGAAGAAAGAACCACAGGGAGGGGAGGGGAAAGGAAAAUUGGCUGAAAAAACGUUCGUGGCGAAACAACGCUGCUGGAAGAAAACUCCACAUCCCACUGAAUCAGUUAGGGGUUUGGUAAACUACCGGGAAUGCGCACACCUACCGCGGACCACUCCUAUAAAUUACAAUUGCUCCAAAAAUCGGCUUUUCUGCUCCGCUAGACAUAAACAAAGUCGCCAGAACUUUGAAGUCUCCAAGAAAACUCAACUUCCUUGCCAGGAGCUCUCCUAAAAAAAAACGAUGCUGACGAGUACAGAGUUAAGUAGAGUCUACUAUAUGAUCAAACCUGAAACCAAAAGCGACUCUUGCCUUUUUAAAAUAGAUGCAGGUAGAUUUGUUACACAGAUCAAUGAUUUAAUGCAAUUUUCUUUUUCUCACAGACAUUUACGUUUGCUCCGCUAUCGAACUCGACAUCAGCGCCUUCUGAAGAAACCAUGGAGGCUGAUGGCAGCAACAGUGGAACCAACCUAUUUGCCCCAUCAGGUGAUUAAGCUUAAAAAGUGUGCAAAUGAUAGGGAGCUAAAACAACGACGUUUUUAACGACGCACGUGAAACCGGAAGUGCAGUUUUUGCAUUCUCGCGUCAUGGUUUUGGCAGGUUUUUUUGCGCCCAAAUCGUCUCUAUGAGUCUUGAGACACUUAACAAUGGAAAAGGUCUCACUUCCGGUUGACGUGCGUCGUUGAAAAACGGGUUAACACUUCAAGCCCCAAUGGUGACCAACAUCAAUUUUCUCCCAACAAUAUCCAUACCUUGUCAAGAGAUAAGGUUAUGAGAAUCAGUGAAAUGAUCACUAAGAGAAAAUGCUUUGAUCUUUUAUCAAAUUCUCUCAACUACGUCUUUAAAGAAAUGUAUAGAGAUCAGUUUGGAGAAUUGCUAUGUUGCUAUUGAAGCUUUCUUUUCAUGCCGACAUGAAAAGCUAUCCGGUAUGGUGUGAACGGUAACUGAACGGCACAAAACUAGAACAAGUGGUUGACACAUAUCGAACAUCGUCCCGGAGCGGUUGGUCGUAACCAUCACUUCCGAGUAUUUAUUUCCGGCUCAAUGGGUUUCAGCCCUGGAGCCGGGGACUCCUCGCUCAUACUCCUUUACUUCCGCUACGGUCCUAACAUAUGUUUACACCGCAAUAGGACUAGCUCAGUCGGUAGAGCGCUUGACUGAAGAGCGGUAGGUCGGGGGUUCGAUUCCCGGGAUCGGACCAUUACUCAGGGUCUUGGAAUAACUGAGAAAUGAAGGGUACUCCCUUUGUACUGCAAGCGGCGAGACCUUCGCGUGGCUCGGAUGAUCACGUAAAAUGGCUAUCCCGUCUCCAGUUGGAGACGUAAAAAUAGUGUCCCCAAUUAGUACUGUCGUGCUAAAUACGUUGACACUCAAAUAAAGAGCUUUUUUUUCAUACUGCGACGAAGAGUGGGAAAAACCUAUCCGAUAUGUCACAAUCCACUUUGAAGAUCAGCGGGUUACAGAAAUCUCGCCGAAGUCAUCGUUAUGAGUGAACAGAACCCCUAUCCGGUAUGGUUUGCGUAUCGGCGCAAGAUUCGGUGUAACGUUAACAUGUCCGAAGUAAACAAAUUGUAUUUUUACGGUGGUUACCUAACCGUUGCGGGUGUUACUUUAAGUAGUUUCCUUUUUUUGCGAGAAUCCAUUUUUUGAUUGUGCCAUGAGCUCUUUCACCCCUGCGCUCGAAGUUAAUCAGGGACUUUAAGAUCCAACGACGCGACGGCAACGAGAACGUCGCUUAAAAAUUGAAUUUACGUUCUUUUAGACUUUACAGCGAUUAUUCCUACCCACUUACGUUGUCAAAUGUAGGCGAACCCUCCUAAAGCUAGAUCUCAGGUGACCAUAUUCAAACUCAGAAAGAGAAAUAAUAAUUCGUCGUGCUUGUUUACGUCCUCCUUAAAACGCGCGAAAUUAGGAAUUUUCACGUCGAAGCCGUGCAAAAACAGGAAAGAAGUGUACAAAAAAGCGUGAUGGACUUUCAAAGUUGUUGUUUUGCUUAUUAAGCCUUUUGUUUUUUUGACGUUGUCGUUGCUGUCCGCGUCAUUGGAUCUUAAAGUCCCUAAUGACUUCUGUAAAAUUACCUCCAUGAAUUAACCAUUUCUCCUUUCUCUUUUAGCCAACGCAAUGACCACUCCAUUCGGUUCCUCUGGGCCCAGCACAGCAUUUAAUUUUGCAGCCCCAACCCCUCCCGCCUCAGGAGGCUUUAACUUUUCUGCACAGGCGACUAACACAGGAUCAUCGCCGUUUGCGUUUGCACCGCCUGGAGGAGGAACGCCUUCGUUUGGUGCUAGUAAUACGCCAGCGGCCAACGGUGAGCUUUACGGCUUGUUGAUAGGGCAGUUUCAAUCUUGUCGUUUUACAUUUUUCAUUUAUACCAAAGCAGCAUCACCUUCAGUGAUUUUGUCACCCCUGCGUCCUGCGUUCCUGACACAUAAAAAUCCCCAAAGACGCAAAAUAAUUGAUCACAUCUGUCCCGUAGGACGCCAAGAUCGAUUGACCAAUUUGAAAAUGUUUUUUGUAGUAUAUCUUCGUGUGAUUUCUGUGGCUGUUGUUUAACGAUGCGUAAUAGUUUCAGUCUUUUUCUGUCCUUCAAUUGGAAGGUACUGGUAUAUACUGUAUUAAAGAGAUUUGAACUAUGUCUUCAGAUUAGCUGUCUGGUUACAUAAAGGCCCAAGCGUUUUCGAUUGAGGACAUCGUUUUUUGAACUGGGACUCAAUGGUUCUUGACUGGAACUCGUAAUUUUUCUCAAGAUGAACUACAGGACUCACCAUAACUAUUUCUAACAAAGACGCUGAACGUGAAUUGAGGUUCGCGUAAUCUUGAAUUCGCACUUCUAAAAUAUGAGUCCUUUAAGGUUUCCCCCCAAACUUAUCAACAAUUUACUAACUUGACGUUUUCUCGGUUUAUAGCGACUCCUCCCGCCGGUUUUAACUUUGCUCCCACGGCGACUAACAAUAACCUGAAUAGCUCCGGAAUGUUUAGUUUUGGAGGCGCACAACCCCAGGGGAACACGAUGUUUACAGCAGGAACUGGCGGAGAAAAUGCGGGAAUAGCCGGGAGGAAGUUCAAAAAAGCCGUGAGACGCACUAAGCGUUAGCGACAACACUCGUCUUACUAGAGGCUUACCUGACAAGACUGUAGUACACUAACCGAGUGCAAACAAACGUUGCGAGACGAGACUUUGUCUCUAACCGAUUAACCCCGACGGGUUAACGAACGUGCGACGCUACUCCGAUCUGUUCCGAUGACUUAAACGUGCGGACGAUAGACAAAAACGCUAUGAAACGGCGACGCGUUGUCGCUAGACGUUUGACAAAAUGGAAAUACGCGUACGUACGAAGGCGCACUGCAUGGAUUCCUCCUUCCGCGGAAUAAACGAGGUGUAUCCAUUUGGACGAUUAAAGUUUUAGGGUGUAAAACACCCUUGAAAACAAGCUCCGACCACGAAAUUUUGUAACAAGGAAAUUUUUCUUCAACACUGCGACCACACUCUCUAUGGACAAAGUUACUCCACCGUACAGACCAAUGACACUUUUGUUAUUAAUAUAUAUUUUUUGUAUCAAUGAUUGUUAAUGCGUAUGAAGUAUUUGUUGUAAAGCGUGCAAUUUGCAUCGAUGUGUGAGGAUUUAGUUUCUCGGUUUAUUUUAGUUCCACUGAUUUGCAAGGAGUUGCCUCUUAACAAAGAUUUGAAUGCUUUGAGGCAGUUCGUAGAAAUUGGGAGAAAUUUCUAUACUUUAUUUCUUUUGUUAGUGAGAAGCAGCGGGAAAACAAUCGCGUGCGACUUCCUUAUUCGCGCGCGAUGUGUCUCAGAGGAGUGAUGACCAACCAGCCCAGAAAUGUGAUGCGAUGUAAUUGUUUUAAAUUUUAUAGUUCUAUGAUCCAUACUCCGAAUAAAUUAAAAGAAGCAAUUCCUUGUAAAUUAAG